ACCGCAGAGCUGUACUAUGUGCGCGAGGGAGUUGUCAACGACUAUGCCAUCAACUGGAUAGUGCCAGUGCCAGCCGACAUCCACCGCCUCUACUUCACGUGGGAGGCACUCACCAAGAAGCCGGUGCUGUACAACAUGGCCAUCUGGGUGAACGACACGCUCCGUCAACGUCUCCCUGACCGGAACCGUGCCGCAGGAGCCGCUCACCUUCAGGCUGGACCUCCCGUGCACCGGCAGCCGCAGCGCCGAGGUCGACGUCAUCUUCAACAUCAACGUUACGUCGCCGAGGCCGCGCCAGCCGCCCACCGUCCUCUACUUCAGGAGGAGGAAGAUUUGCCUCGAGGGACACUCGGCCGAGAUGUAUGCCCCCCACCUGGGGCCCCUGGGAGAAGGGGCGACACUCCCCGUGGUGUAUUACGUUGUGCCAGCCCUCGGAGGCCUCACGCAGGAGGAGGAAGCUCAAGAGGGACCGGGAUCACAGAAUUCUUGGCAUCAACGACCUGGGCGUGAAGGCGCGUCCGAUGACCAACUCGACGCUGCUCCGGGCGGCGACGCCCAACAAUAACACGUACACGCUGCCUUCCUCCGUCACCAUCAACUCGUACGCGUCUCUGAGGAAGCUCACCACGCCCAUCACGCCUCUCACGCCCCUCACCCCUGCCCACUCCCUGCCUCACGCCCCUGCCACGGUGUCCCUGACGCCGUGCAGCAGGGAGAGCGGCAGCAGGGAGGCCUGCGACGCCUCGAGGGACAGCGGAAGCAGAGACACCUGCCAGAGCUCCAGUUCCCUCAGCAGAUCGGAGGUGAUCGUCGACCCUUCGGCGGCGGAGCUGCAGGAGAGGUUCCGGCAGAUGGAGGUGGAGCGGCAGCGCGUGCGGCUGACGGCGGUGGCGCACGAGGGCUCCUUCGGGCGCGUGUUCCGCGGCUGGAUCCAGCGCGACCGGCCGGAGCAGGACCAGCAGGUGCUGAUCAAGACGGUGACGGAGGGCGCGCCGCACGAUGAGGUGGUGGCGCUGUACCGCGACGGCACGCACCUGUUCAACCUGUACCACCGCAACGUGCUCACCAUGGUGGGCAUCUCCUUCGCAGACAACUCCUCGCCCUUCCUCAUCUACCCCUUCCACGGAUAUAGCAACCUCAAGCUAUACCUUCAGGAGCACCGGGGCGGCCACCUGCGAGCCACGGAGCUGGUGGAGUUGGCGGUCCAGGCGGCGCACGGCCUCGCCUUCUUGCACACGGCCAAUAUCUUGCACGGGGAUGUUGCCGCUAGGAACUGCGUCGUGAGUGAGAAACUCCAGCUGCGCAUCACCGACGCAGCCCUCUCGCGGGACCUCUUCCCCAGCGACUACGAGGCGGUGGGGGCUGAGCUGGCUAGGCCCAUCAAGUGGCUGGCCUACGAAGCCAUCACAGACAGGAUCAUAUCGACGGCCAGCGACGUGUGGUCCUACGGCGUGUUGCUGUGGGAGCUGACGACGCUGGCGCAGCAGCCGUACGUGGAGGUCGCCGCCUGCGAGAUGGGCGAGUACCUGCGCGACGGCUACCGGCUGGCGCAGCCGCUCAACUGUCCCGACGACCUGUACAAGGUGAUGGCCUUCUGCUGGGCCAUCCACCCGCACGACCGGCCGCACGCCAAGCUCAUCCUCGACUACCUGGCCGCCUUCCACCAGCAGCUCAACAGCUUCAUCUGA